UGAUAAUUUGCUAGAAGAUGUGCUGAAAUCUUGUAGUUCUUUUAAUUCUAUCGUUUGGAGUCAUGUUAAACGAGAUGGGAAUAUUGUACCUCAUCAUUUAGCCCGUAUAGUGUCUUUUGGUUUUGAACAAGUUUGAGAGAACCAUAGUCUUUGUGAGGUCUCCCCAUAUGUAUUGAUGGACAAUCAAUUAAUAUAAGGCACGCCAUCUGUUUUUCUGAAAAAAAAAAUAAAAAAAAAAAAACCUUAUUUUCUCAUAAAUUAGGGCAUAGUGUUUUAUAAACUGGCUAAUUUCUACCCCAAACUCACCCAAAAUUUGCACUUGUUUCCGGCGAAACAAUUGGAGCCUACCAAAAAAAGUCUCAACGAAAGCCGCCAUGAAUAGACUACUCCUCCUCCGUAGACUCAGUAAUAUCCAACUUAACUCCAUUCCCAAAUCAUUUUGUAAACCUGAAAUUUCACCUUUAUUUUCUCUCUCCUCUUUUUCUGCAUUCUUGCGCCAAUAUUCCUCAUCUCAGUCCUCUUCUCACUCUAAACCUUCUGAGGUCCAAAGCAGUAAUGAUAUUCCAGAAUCUUCUUCUAUUGACGAUAUACCCACUGAUGUCACUACUCAAGAGCUGAAGCACAGAAUUGACAGGUACUUGAAAGGUGACAUGGAGGUUCUUCCUUCCAUUUUUGAAGGCAUACUAGCUAGGAAGUUGAGCGGUAAACAUGAUGACACAGAUGAUGAAUUAAUGGAGGAAUUUCGAUCAAAGACCCAACAAGGGGAAGGUCAUCAGUUUCAAUCUGAUGAAGAUCUCACAGAGUCAGAUUCAGAUGAGGAUCUCACAGAGUCUGAUGAAGAACCUAGUGAUUGAAGAAACUGUUUGUAGUUACAAGCAGAAAACUUGUUACGAAAAUUUUGACUAGUAUAUAAAAAAUAUUUGUUAGCGCUUUCUAUUGUGAAUUACGACGAAGGGGAACAAUAACAUUACGGGAUUGCAGCCUAAUUAGCUAUGUAUACAUUCAAGAAAUCGCUUCACACAAAUACAAGCUGUUGUAGAACUGGUUUUCUUGUUUGGUGAUAUUUAUAAUUUCCAGAGACCACCUGAAUUUUGAUAUAUGGUGUUCAUUUCUGCUCCUA